AUGGGCCACAAAUUCUCUGUCGUCGGCGGGGUCAAGUCGGAAAACUUCUAUCAACAAGGCAACGCCAUCAACGAAAUCUGGCUCGGCGACGUCGAGAUUAUCUCUCGACUUCCGUUCGGUGAUUCGGACCUCGAGCAAUCUGGCUGGCCUGCCGGAGGCUGGCCCAAGAUCCCCUGGCAUCAGUUCAUCAUCCCACUCAAACGUGAUCUCCACACCAUCACCAACUCAACCAUGUCGCGCAACACCUCCCUGGAUUGUUAUGCUGCGCUUCAAGCAGAGCAUGAUUUACCUAUCGCCUGUUUGUUCAGCUCCUGGAGCGAAUCUCUGGUGGUUUUCUUUGGCGCGCUCUUCACCUGUCUCGGAUUCAUGAUGGCCUUCGUUGCUGCUAAGCAAAUGGCUGAAGCUUCCAAAGCAUUAUCUAGGUGGUCGAGAAUUCGCGUGCAGGUCAUUCCCCGAGAGUAUCUCCCAAGUAUUGUGAAACGCUUGGUCCGGGUGUAUGCGGGACUCGGUGCACUUUUUACGGUAGUUGGAUUUGUCGCCAUCUUCAUGGGGAUUCCGAUGUUGAGGCAUGGUCUCCGAGGACUGAGCGCGAAUCGUCUCAUUGCUUGGAUUUCCGUAUCCUUGAUUGUGAUCAUCGGCUUUGAGUUCAUUUGGAAAUUGAUUACCCUUCUCGCGAAUCUGAGACGCACGCUUAUGGCACUCCGGCGACCAUUAAGUGAGGACCCAGAGGAGAAACCUGAUCCAGCUUUGAACAUCAUCACUGCCGAUGAGUUUGACGAUCGCUAUUUAGCUCUAAGUCCAUGCCCUGAGUGUGAGAAGCGCUCGCUCUUCGAUUGA